AUGAGUCGCCAGCUGAACAUCAAGCCUGGUGGUGACAAGGGUGGCUUCAGUGGGCGCUCAGCCGUGGUGCUGAGGAAGGCUGUGGGCAGUAUGGCUUCUUGCCGUGCCGCUGGCAAAGGACCUGGGGCUGGCUUCAGCAGUCGGAGCCUCUAUAGUCUUGGAGGGAAUCGGUGUAUUUCCUUCAAUACGGCUGGCGGUGGUGUUUGGACUGGAGGUUACAGCUUUGGGCCUGGCUCUGGAUAUGGAGGGGGCCGGGCGACUGGCUUUGCGGGCAGCAUGUUUGGCAGUGUGGCCUCGGGGCCCGUGUGCCCAUCCAUGUGCCCACCCGGGGGCAUCCACCAGGUCACCAUCAACAAGAGCCUCCUGGCCCCCCUCAACGUGGAGCUGGACCCUGAGAUCCAGAGAGUGCGCACCCAGGAGCGGGAGCAGAUCAAAGCUCUGAACAACAAGUUCGCCUCCUUCAUCGACAAGGUGCGGUUCCUGGAGCAGCAGAACCAGGUGCUGGAGACCAAGUGGGAGCUGCUACAGCAGCUGGACCUGAACAGCUGCAGGAAGAACCUGGAGCCCAUCCUCGAGGGCUACAUCAGCAACCUGCGGAAGCAGCUGGAGAUGCUGUCCGGGGACAGGGUGCGGCUGGACUCGGAGCUGCGGAACGUGCGGGACGUGGUGGAGGACUACAAGAAGAGGUAUGAGGUGGAGAUUAAUCAGCGCACAACAGCUGAGAAUGAGUUUGUGGUGCUCAAGAAGGAUGUGGAUGCAGCCUACACGGUCAAGGUGGAGCUUCAGGCCAAAGUAGACUCUCUGGAUAAAGACAUCAAGUUCCUCAAGUGUUUGUAUGACGCGGAGAUGGCCCAGAUCCAGACUCAUGCCAGUGAGACCUCUGUUAUCCUGUCCAUGGACAACAACCGGGAUCUGGACCUGGACAGCAUCAUCGCCAAGGUCCGAGCUCAGUAUGAGGAGAUCGCCCUGAAGAGCAAGGCAGAGGCUGAGGCCCUGUACCAGAGCAAGAUCCAAGAGCUGCAGCUGGCAGCCGGCCGGCACGGUGAUGACCUCAAACACACCAAGAACGAGAUGUCAGAGCUGAACCGGCUCAUCCAGAGGAUCCGGUGUGAGAUUGCCAAUGUGAAGAAGCAGUGUGCCAACCUGGAGACGGCCAUCGCCGAUGCCGAGCAGCGGGGCGACAGUGCCCUGAAGGAUGCCCGGGCCAAGCUGGACGAGCUGGAGGCCGCCCUGCACCAGGCCAAGGAGGAGCUGGCCCGGAUGCUGCGGGAGUACCAGGAGCUCAUGAGCCUGAAGCUGGCCCUGGACAUGGAGAUCGCCACCUACCGCAAGCUGCUGGAGGGCGAGGAGUGCAGGAUGUCUGGUGAGAAUCCAUCGUCUGUGAGCAUCUCUGUCAUCAGCAGCGGUGGAAACAGUUACUACCACCCCAGCACCUCUGGCAGUGCUGACACGGGGCCCAGUGGCCUGGCGGGCAGCUCCAGCAGCACUUGGGCCGGACAGUCCAGGGCCAAAGGGGCACGAGUGGGAGACCUCAAGGAUGCCCGGGGCAAGAGCGCCCCCUCCAGGAAAGCUACCCGAUAA